CAGCAAUUAAUUACACUCGUUCUUUGUAAUGUCAAGUAAGGGUACCACAUGGUCCAUAGCAAUUCCGCUUCCGUACUUGCAAAGAUCAAAGACAUAGUAUAUGAACUGGUAAUUAUCACCCAGCCAUUCAUUUAUUUUACUUUUGUCCACCGCACUGAUGCAUCAUCUGUUCCAUCUUGCGGCUAUCUUGGCAUGGGCGGGAGCAGUCGCUUGUGAGGCUCUUGCUCCCAUUAACGAGGACUUUGACGCUUACUCACACGACGACGUUGACGUCUGCUCAAGCGGUGCUGUGAACUAUACCAUUCUGGCGCAGAAGCUGUCUAGCACUGCACAGAUUAUAUUGCCCAGCUCUAACCUCUUCGAAGCCAUUACGGAGCGCUGGUCCAACCUGAGCACCCCUGUCGCAAACGUGGUGGUGGUUCCAAGAACCGAACAGGACGUUGUCGAGACUGUCAAAUUUGCAAACUGGUGCUCGUUGCCUUUCCUAACGACCAAUGGAUAUCACGGCUCAAUUACUACCCUUGGGAGGAUGACUGAGGGCAUCGAGAUUCAUUUGAGCCAGUUAAGCAGUGUUACAGUUUCCGCAGAUGGAACGACAGCCACCAUUGGCGGAGGUGUCAUCUCCAGAAACCUCACUGAUGCGCUUUGGGCGGCAGGAAAACAAACAGUUACUGGAACUUGUGAAUGUGUGAGCUACCUUGGUCCUGGCCUUGGAGGCGGUCACGGAUGGCUCCAAGGUCACCAUGGACUCGUCUCAGACCAAUUCGUCUCAUGGAAUGUUGUUCUCGCCAGUGGCAGCUUGAUCACUGUCGACGAAAAUUCUGAACUCUUCUGGGGCAUGAAGGGGGCCGGGCAGAAUUUCGGAAUCGUAACUUCCAUGACCUCAAAGAUUUAUGAUCUUGUGUACCCCAACUAUGCCAUGGAAACACUCAUCUUCGGCGGCGAUCAAGUCGAGGCUGUCUACGAGGUUGCUAAUGAGCAGUGGCUUACCAACAACAAGACCAUGCCCGUCGAUCUCAUCAACUGGUCGUAUUGGUACUACGAUCCUACCACUGAUGCAGACAAACCAGUUAUCGCAUUUUACCUCAUCCAAGAAGGAGUCGAAGCCGUCGAUGUGGCUUACACCCAGCCGUUCCUCGACAUUGGGCCCAUCAGUAACUCUUCCUUGAAUGGAACAUACCUUGACUUAGCCGCAUGGACCGGCAUUGCUCUUGACUCUGGACCCUGCAGCAAGACAGGAAACGCCAACCCGCGCUUCCCCAUCUAUCUCAAGUCUUACAACAGCACCGCCCAAGCACUUGUCUACGAGCUUUUUAAACAAGCUACAACAAAUGCAUCCACUCCUUUCAGUAACGCACUCUUCAUGUUCGAGGGUUACUCCCAACAAGGCGUCAAAGCCCUCGGCGACGACGCAUCGGCUUUUGCUUACCGAGCAGACAAUCUUCUCGUCGCCCCUCUCCUCACCUACGCAUCUACCGGCCUGGCAUCCGACGAGGUCGCGUACAAGCUUGGCAACCAGAUUCGCCAGAUCCUUUACGAGGGUAGUGGAGAGACUACUUUGAAUACCUAUGUCAACUAUGCUUAUGGUGAUGAGACGGCGACAGCGUGGUACGGCGCUGAAGCUUGGCGCCAGGAACGUUUACAAUCAUUGAAGGAGGAAUUCGAUCCCAGUGGCAAGUUUAGCUUUUAUGCACCAAUUGCGUAGUUAGUUGCUAUGGGUAAUUCAAUGUGUCGGCC